UAAUCCUACAGUUUGUAUAGUUCAGUGCCGCUUUUUUUUUUGUUGUGUAAUUGUCUCCCUUAAUUAACAUGGCUGCGACUGUAAAUAGAAACAUUUUCUCCAAGAAGUGGACACUGUGGUAUUUUUCACAAACAAUAGAUCUAGGGAAGGCUGUAACUUUAGGUGUUGGCCUAAAAGAACGACAUUAUUCUUCUAUAUCUAAAGAUAAAAAAGAAAGAUUAGCUGAUGGGCCUGGACUUGAAGACUUUCUCUCUGGUGAUGUGCCACAGUAUGACGGCAAAGAUGGAAUCAAGAAAAUCAAAGGAGAAAGACUUAGACUUCCAGAAUGGCUGAAAACAGAGAUUCCUGUUGGGAAAAACUAUUCAACUUUAAAGAAAUCUUUAAGGAGUCUUAAUUUGCACACUGUAUGUGAAGAAGCCAAGUGUCCAAACAUCGGAGAGUGCUGGGGUGGAGGGGAACAUAAAACUGCUACAGCGACUAUCAUGGUACUUGGAGACCAGUGCACUAGAGGUUGCAGAUUUUGUUCGGUGAAGACAGCUCGCAACCCUCCACCUCCUGAUCCAAUGGAACCAAUCAACACAGCAACAGCUAUAGCAGAUUGGAAUCUGGAUUAUGUUGUUCUCACCUCAGUGGACAGAGAUGAUCUGCCAGAUGGUGGAGCAUCACAUUUUGCCCAGACAGUGAAAGAAAUUAAAUCCAGAUGCCCUCACAUGUUAGUUGAAUGUCUGACACCAGACUUUAGGGGAGACCUAACAGCUGUGUCUGUGGUGGCAGAUUCUGGUCUAGACGUCUAUGCACACAAUGUGGAGACAGUUGAGAGUCUACAGUGGCUUGUCAGAGAUCCUCGUGCCAACUAUCAGCAGAGCUUGUCUGUUCUGAGUCAUGUUAAGAAGUUACACCCAAACAUGGUGACCAAGACCUCUAUCAUGUUGGGUCUGGGUGAAACUGAUGCUGAAGUCAUAAAAACUCUUGAAGAUCUGAGAAAGAUUGAUGUUGAUUGCUUGACCUUAGGCCAGUAUAUGCAGCCUACCAAGAGACAUUUAAAGGUGAAAGAAUACAUUCAUCCAGAUAAGUUUAACUAUUACAAAGAAGUAGGAGACAAGUUAGGUUUUGCUUACACUGCCAGUGGCCCACUAGUCAGAUCUUCUUACAAAGCAGGUGAAUUCUUCCUGAAAAAUUUACUAGACAAAAGAAAAGCUGCUCACACUAUCUCUCCACUCAAAUCUGUUUGAUUGAAAGAAUGAAUUAGUAGAAUGAUUGUAGAAUUACUUAGAUAUUUAUUAAACUUUGAAGUGACCACAUUGAUAUUGAUAUGGUUUGAUUAAACAAAAUGUAUUUGAGUUUGUUACCAUCACUUGAAUGAAAUUGCUUUAAGGCCUCAAAAUGUUUUUACUUUUUUUUCCUACUAUUCAGCAACUAUUAUUCAGGGAAGAUUUAUUGUUGUUUUUUCAUGAUCAAUAUACCCAUGAUGGGAACUGUUAUCUGGCCACUGAAACAUCAAACAGGCUGAUUUAGUCUGGACUUUAAAACUAAAACCAGAUACAUCUCAGAUAUCUGAAAGUCUGUACUUGACAUCCAUAAAACUAUAAGAAUUUAUAAGAUGUCAAGGUUUUGCAUUGUUAAGUUCUAAGGACAUUUGAAUGUGACAUGUGACAGUGCUUUGAUAUAUAAGCUCUGCUUUCUGAUUCUUUUACUGUCAUUAUCUCUUACUUGGAAAUGUAUUUAGACAUUCUUAUCAAGAUUGCUAAAUUUAAUUCUAGUUUUGUGAUUGACAAACCUUAGAUGGCUUUGUGAUAUCAAACAUGCAAAAACUUUUUUUGCAAAAAUAUGAUUGAUUUGGUGAUUAAUGGUUUGUUUGUUGGUUAGUAAUCAAACAAAUUAAUAUUUUGUUUUGGCCUAAAAAAAAUAUGGUUGUGUCUGAGGUAAAAAAAACAACAAUGUUUACCUUAAUAUGUAUAACUUAAUUUGUAUAAAGUUUUUAAAAGGACUCUAUAUCAAUAAGCAUUUUGGACUUCAAUAUGAAACUAUAACACAAGUCAUUGCUGACACCAGAAUAAUAUCCUGAAUGUGUUGUAUGUGCUAAAAUAAAGAGAUCAUGCAUAUA